AUGCCCUACAUCAUCCAGAACUUGUCUAUUCUCCUCCCGCCUGCCCUCUUCGCAGCAUCCAUCUACAUGACCCUCGGCCGAACUAUCAACGCCGUGAAUGGAGGGCACCUUUCUAUCAUCCGACCCACAUGGCUCACCAAGAUUUUCGUGGGCGGCGAUGUCUUCUCUUUUAUGGCUCAGCCAGAACAUGUUUUGGCCGGUCUGGGGGUCCAACUCCUCAUGUUUGGCCUCUUCUGGCUUACCGCCGUCUUCUUCCACCUUAAGAUUCGCAAGAACCCGACAACGGAGAGCUACACCAUUGACGCCAAAUGGGAGCAGUAUCUGGCUAUGCUGUACAUGGUCAGUGCAUUGAUUAUGAUAAGGAACAUCUUCCGUGUUGCGGAAUAUGUGAUGGGCAAUGAUGGGUAUCUCCUGGCGAAUGAGUGGACGCUGUGCGCCCUCGCGGCUGCGAAGAUAAACGACGCAGAGCGUAAUUGA